AUGCACGGCAUCACUUUCAUAGCCCAUUUUUUCUUCAUCAUCUAUGUCAUCUACCGCAUCAGUAGCAAUGUGAUUAUAAUAAUCCUCGAAGUUCAACGCACAAGCAAGGUGGAGAACAAGCACCUUCGGAAGUCACCAGCAGAUCACAGCAGCAAAAUAGAAGCGCAGGUUGUGGGCAGACGCGCCCAAAAGGUCGGCGCUAAAGUGAGGCAGGUCACGGAUCGUAGUGUCGAACGGAGGGCCUGGUACAAGGAGUACGAGGCGGUCGUGAGGAGAGACGGUGGAGUCGUGCGAGGUUCCCAGUGGAGCAGUCGACGGCGCAUAUUGAGUCGGAGCGCGGCGCGAAACCGCCCACGAGGCGCGGCCGCGAAAGGACUGGGUUCCUACCGGAGAGCACGGUCGGAGCAGUCGCCGGAGGAGCUGGAGCUGAUUGUGGUCCGGGGCGAGCGAGCCCGGGAGCCAGGCUCGGAGCGUUUGCGGCGAUUUUAAGGAACGCUCCGCCGCAAGAAAAAGAGGAGCGUAAUCGAUCCAACUGGUGGCCUCGUGGUGCCACAAAGAACUGUGCGGAGUUGGUGAGCGGAGGGUUCCGCUCCGAAUAAAGAUUUCGAUUGGCUAACUAAGUGAAGAUCUUUUUUGUGUGAACGGGUUAGCGAAAGCUUUCCCGAGAUAUUUCCUUUCCAGCUUCGAGCACGUGGAAGCGCUUCAACCAGCUCGUCGCGGACAAAGGGGUGAGUGAGUACGAGUAGUUUUACAUAAAGCCAAUCGAAGCGACGCGGAACAUUCCGGUCGUCAAACUACCGCA